AGUCAUUUGUUCUCAUACCGCCAAACUCUCAGAGCUCAGAUACACUAAGCGAGGGCCAUGCAGAUCCAGAUCAAGACGCUCACGGGCCGAAAGCAGACGUUCAACUUUGAGCCGGACAACACGAUCCUGCACGUGAAGCAGGCGCUGCAGGAGAAAGAGGGCAUCCAGGUGGACCAGAUCCGUCUCAUUUACAGCGGCAAGCAGCUGUACGUCCACCUACAAGUGUUGAGAAGGAGGUAAUACUUGCUGACUAUAAUGCCUGUUUGCUGUGGAGCAGAGCGGAUGACAAGACGCUGCAGGACUACAACGUGGCUGCAGGUGGCACCAUUCACAUGGUGCUGCAGUUGCGUGGCGGUUGCUAGACAAGAAGAUGGAAGGCCAAGACAGUUAGAGUAACACGUCACAGCGGUCUCAAUCUCCAGCAAUAAGCGGCUCUAUCAAGUUGCAGCUAAAACACGCCAACAAACGUGGAUUUCGUGUCUCGUUACUGUUUUUUUGUCCGCUUUCUACUGCGCAUUCGUGGUAUUGGCAGCCGUGGCAUUACGAGCGUCGAGCUGCUGUUUGAUCAGCGGCUCCAAUUGUUUCUUUUCAGCAAGUGUCUUCAGCAGCUGGAUGAUGAACGGGAUGUAGUUGUGCUUGCGUCGCUUGUUCUCCAGCGCCCAGUUCUCGCGCUUCUGCUGCUCUGCAGCCAGGUCCGCUUGGAUCUGCGCCGCCUGCUGCUCGCUUCCUCCAGCCUCGAUGAUCGCUUGAAGCUGCUCUUCGUACGUCUGUAUCCGGUUCUUCACCAGCGCUAGCAGAUUAAAGCGGAUCUCCGUGGCCGAGUACUUCUCGAUCCUCUUCUGGAUCACAGGACACGCCACCUGCAGCCACGAGUCGCGGUUCUCAGCAUCUGGCACGUCUCCAAGACAGAUCGGUCCUUCUCUUAGUCCGUCUAGCUCGUAGACCUUGCCGUUCACAGGCACGUAGGCCACAAAGUGGUACACAUCGUCGUCCUCCGUCGCUUUUCUCUCUUCCACGACGAAAGGCUCCGCUCGAGCGAAGGAAUUGUGAGCCAGACGAAUCUUGUCGCUAUUAGAGAUAGCUAAGCCUUUCAAAUCUGAUGGAAAAUCGCUCGUGAAGGCCUUGAAUUCCGACAGCGUCUCGCCUAAUUCCACGUCUUGUGCGUUCAGUAGGAUGGAUAGGAUGGCUUGUGUGGCACAGGCGUUGCUGAUCACUUGCUUGGCGAAGAAGAUUCCGUCGUCCUCGGUGGCAAAGACUGGAGGCUCAGCGUCCUCUCCGUGGUUGGAUUCGUACUUGAAGAGGAACACGAGGCCGUAAACUGGCGACAGGUCGGCGAACUGCUGCUCGUCCAGAGUGUAGAGCUCCUCCACCUGCACGCCUUUGACGCCAAUGUCCUCGAUAAGGGCAGUAAAUACACCUGUAACGGGAGGGUUAGGAUGGAGAUUGGUGGGAGGAGACGGUGGAGAAUAACGUACCGGGGUCGGACUCAAUGGUGCACCACGACAUGAUGAAGAUGUUUUUGCUCAAAAAGAUUCAAGGAUAAAUGUCAUUAAUCGAUUUAGUGACAUCUUCAAUCUCGCAAAAAAUAAUAGA